AUGGACCUCCACUCGGCGGAGCAGCACGCGAACCUGUCUCGCUUCCUGCUGUCUCGGCGCGAGGCGCUCGAGAGGCACGCGGGCGAGGAGUGGUCGUCGGCGGGCCCCAAGUCCGUGGCGCCGUAUGUGCCAUGCGCAUCGGCACGUGUGGGCGCGCUGCUGCACGCGGCACGGCUGAGCGAGGAGGACGUCGUGUACGACCUGGGCUGCGGCGAUGGCCGCGUCCUCCACGCCGCCGCUGCGCAGCACGGCUGCACCUGCGUCGGACUCGACAUCGACGCGGACUGCAUCGCCGAGGCGAGCGGGCGCGCGGCCGAGCAGGGCCUGUCCUCGCGCUGCUCCUUCGCCGCGUGCGACCUGCUCGCUCUCACGACGGGAGCGCUUCGGUGCGGCGACCUCGGCGACGCCCUCGCCCCUGCCGAGCGCGGCCGCCGGUUCCCUCCUCCGACGGCGGUCCUCAUCUUCUUGACGGGCCAUGGGCUGUCGCGCCUGGCGCCGCUGCUGCACCGUGAGUGGGAGGCGGGCCCGGCCCUGCGGCUGCUGACUUGCGUCGAGGCGCUCGACGAC